UGAUAGAUGGUUGAAAGUUAUUCAAGGACGGUCUUUUACACUUAGCUGUUUCGCAAGCGGUAACCCAGCUGUCAACAUUUCUUGGUUUGGUCCUAUCAUUCAAAAUGGUAAUAUUCUCUCUAUUAAAAAUGUUCAAAAAGAUAUACACACCGAUAUCACAUGUUCGGCUGCAAACACAAUGGUAGACAGCCUCGGAAACAGUUUUACGAAGUCGGAAAACUUCACCUUCUUAAUUGAUGUCAUGUACCCACCUUCAGUGAAGCCUCUACAAAACGAGUCCGUCCAAAUAAACACGUCGUAUACAAGUGUGUGCAUCUUGUCAAAUGUUGGUAAUCCAUCCGCUACUAACUUUACUUGGAUACGAAUGGAUAACAAGUCUAUUAUUGCAACAGAACAAACACUUAUACUCCAUAACGUCUCGUUGUCAGAUGAAGGCGAUUACCGUUGCAUAGCCACAAACACUAUGCAGCCAACAUGGGAGCAAUCUGAACCCAGUCAUGGUCUAUCAACCUUCCAUCUCAAGGUUACAUCCAUACCAGAGACGCCGUUGUCAUUUCGAGUGCAAGACGGAUCGAUCACCGACAGCUCGUUGACAGUUGAGUGGGUACCAGGCUAUAACGGUGGGGUAGAUGUUUGGUUUGUUGUCCGAUACAAGAAGGUAGAGAGUGCACACUGGACAAACAUUCGCGUGAUCCCAUCAAACUUACAUUAUGCGAUAACACUAGAAUACCUUAUGCCAAGAACUACGUACGAACUGAAAAUGUUUGCAGAAAACCGAAUAGGAUCAUCGGAAGAAACAAUUGUCAUAGAUGCUAUUACUUUAUCAGUUAGGAAAGAUGAUUCCUCGUCCUUAAUUGUGUUGAUAAGUGCGGUAGCAGGCGGUGUUGUAGGUGGGGGCAUUAUAGCAGCACUAGUCGUGUGGAGGCUUCGAAAAAUACUGGCAAAGAAAGUACCACGGACUUCUGUAGGACGUUACGAUGAAUUGUUACAGUCAAACAUGAACAUCAGAAGACGUCAGGACGAUCAAUAUGAAAAUGUUGCGUUUGACCAUCAGUACGACGAUUUGAUUCAAGGAAUGUCCAAAAAACAAGUUUCCAUGGUUGAGGACCACAAAUAUGAAAACAUUGAUCCAAGCGCUGCGUACGUAACUCUGGGAGAGAAGACUUCUCCCGAUUACACUCGCAUUGAACACAAGACCAUACUGUCGGAACGUGCCAACCCCAUCUUUGGUCUUGGACAGUUUGAAGAUAGCCCCAAGACGCGUGCACGUGCGACUGGAAACUAUUUUAAUCUAAAGCUGUCUUAAUGUUUGAGUUAUACCAUCAUUCUUAAACGAAAAAAUAUCAUGUUAAGUAAAAGUUGCUGUAUAAAUCCGUAAUCAAUUCAAUCGGAAUUUGGAAUAAUAUUUGUAUGGUUCAUUGAAUCAACAUGUAACCAUGUUUGUAAUCAUUAGAUUUGCGGUACAAAUGCAUGUUUCCAUACAAAUCCGAAGAAUACGAUUUAUAUUCUGGCUUCACUUGUUAAAAUGAACCGGAACUAAAUGCUCACCUUUAAAUGUGCAGAACGACAGCAAAACAUACAGAGGAAGUAGUCUAUCCAAAACGUUCGGUACAGAGAAUUUAAGAAUGGAAAUUAUCAAGGAACGGCAUAACAGUUUUGGAUUGUUUUGAAUUACUCGCCGAGUUUGCCUUUGAACGGUUUUGCAUCUAAUGCAUUAAAUGCGUUUAUGUAUGAAUCGAUUGUUUUCAUUUUAAACAUUUGCAGAACUAUCUUGUUUACAAAGAUUUCAUAGUU